CUUCCACAUGCUGUUGGACUGUAUAGCAGCACAAAGCGAGCUGCUAGCUGCUUCAUGCACUUCAGCUAGCUAUCGCAGAGAGAUGUGUUACCUCCGUCUAGCUAUGUGUUGACAGCUAACCUCAUUACGGAGCAUUACUGCGACCAAAGACCCAGAGCGAUGGAGGAGGGCUCUGAGGUGAUGGAGGAUAUUGUAGUUCGAGGAGUGGAGUUUUCUGUGAAGAUCGAGGUGGACAAGGGUUUGCUGAUAGUCGAAAUCUCUGACUCAAUGACAGCAGAUCAAUGGAGGGGGGACUUUGAUCCAGCAUACAUUGAGGACCUCACACGCAAAACCGGGAACUUCAAGCAGUUCCCUAUUUUCUGCAGCAUGUUGGAAUCAGCUGUUAGAAAGAUGAGUGAUUCGGUUACACUUGACCUCUUGACCUACGCUGACCUGGAGCUGCUACGUAACAGAAAAGCAGGAGUGGUUAGUCGUCCUCGCGGCCACCAGCAGUCGUCUGUCCUCACAGCCAAAAGAUAUCUAAUCCUCAUAUACACCGUGGAGUUUGACAGGAUACACUACCCCUUACCGCUGCCCUAUGUGGGUAAGCCUGACCCGGCUGCCCUGCAGAAGGAAGUCCGAGCUCUGAGGGCUGAGCUCAGCACCGUCUCCUCUCAUGGAAUUAACAAAUCGGCAGAACUAGAAAUACAGCGGCUACGAGCAGAGCUGGCUGCGGUGAAAGAAGAGAAAGAGGCUAUGGCUAAGGUUUUGGAGCGAUUGCAGGUCAGUGGAAGCGGUUCCACACCUGGACGGGAGGACUGGAGGGCCAGAGAAGUGGUGAGGACGCUGGAGGAGCAGCUCGUCAAGGAGAGGGCCAAAAGUCAACGCUCGGCGAGCAAGAGAUGCCAGGAGCAGCGACUCCUAAUGGAGCAGUUCGAGGAGCUGAGAGCAUCAGAGUGUGCUCUCCGUGUACGUGUCAAGAGUCUCACCAGUGAGCUGGCGCUACUGCGUAGAGGGUUAGACAUUCUAAGCAUCAGAGUGACGCCUGUGUCCAGUCACGUCAGCUCUCGAGUCGACGGGGAAAUCUAUCGCUCUCUCUCCCGCGAGAGGAGGUCGGGGUACGGGACAGGCCGGGCUCGCUCAGGAUCUAGAGAACGGAUGGAGGACAGAGGGCAAAGGUCAGAGGAAAGGGGAAGAAGAGCAGACUCUUCGGGACCACGAGCUCGCAUACCCAGGAUGUCACCUUCUCCAACUGGGUCACGGGGUCAACGCUUUGACCCAACUGCUUACAUCCAGGACAGACAGCGCAGACUGAAAGAGGCAGAUUUCAAAAAACAGAGGAAGGUACGGAGGGACAUGAUGACAUCACCCAUUAUCCCUGAGAGGGGGCGUUCACGCUCCAGAGAGGCCUAUCCUCAGAUGGUCCGGUCUGGCAGCAGAGGCAGGAGUUUAUCAGUGGAGCGGAGAGGGAGCAGGAACUCCUCUGACGGCUCGUUAGUGGAUAUGGAUGAAAUGGCCAAAACGAUGUUCAGAGGAAGAAAACAGACUUACAAUGGACCCAGUGUGUCUAGAGGAGGCCUUUUGACCAGGAAGCCAUUAUGCAGUACUCCAACACACCGAAUGAAAGACAAAGAGAGCUCCUUAGAUACGGGUGCUGAGCUGUCGGAGAUCGACGCCAGGCUGUUGGCACUUCAGGAGUACAUGAGGGACCUGGAUACAGGACACUAACAGCCACUCCAUGUUACCUGAUGACUGCACAGCUCGGAGCUCAGCCCAGCUUUUUUUUUUUUUUUUUUACUGUGGACAGACUGAGAAACACAUCAAGCUUCAAACAUUAGCGAUGGAGAAUAAACGUAUUCAUAUAAGAGACUAAAACUCCUUCUGGAGGGUCAGACUUCUAGGACUUCAGGAAACUACAGCCGUCACUGUGAAAGACUACUUUUUGUGGACCGAAAUGAUUAUUUUUUUAAUAUACCAAGUUUAUAUUAAUUAACUUAAAAGAUGACUGUGUCUGAGUGCAGUGUUAUCCCUUAUUUUUUACACCUCACUAAACCAACUAGUUACAAGGACGUAAAAUUUGGCGGUCCGUAAAUAAUUUAUUUUGAACCUUUACUCGCUUGUUGAUGUUUUCUUUCCAACACGUGUGUUUAUUUGUUGUGGAGUUUUCUCCCUGUGAGUGUGUGCAUCACCUCUUCCGUUCUAAACACAUUUAAGUCAAGCAACUAUUUUAAACAACAUUGGGUGUGAAUGUGAUCAACAUGAUAACCUGCGAUGGACUGUUGUCUCUUCUGCCCAGUGCUUGUUGGGAUACUCUCCAGCUCCUGUACCCUGAUCGACUGCAUGCAUGUCAUCCCAAGAUUUGGUGGUUAAAUGUCAUUCCAGCUUUAGUCGGCAAUUUCCAAUCCGUGUUUUCUUUCCUGCUCGACUUUUAACUCAACAUUACCAGUGUAUUUUAAGCAUUACAAUAGUUAAUACCGUCAUACAACCUCUAACUAGUUGAUCCACGUAAAGUAUUAAAAUGUAACAUUUUCUACUGUUUGAACCGAAGUGAACCACAUUACCCUUUGAGCUUAUAUCCCUAACUCGAGCAUAUUAAUCUUGGAUAACAUUUGUGAAAGGGAACAAUACAUAUCGUCAAAGAUAAAUUGGACAGACUAAGGAUAUUUGUAUUUAUGUGUGCACAUAUCCAUACUACUUUCACGGUGAUCGUGCAAGCAAGUGUACGAACACCAGCACCUUUUUUUUAUGAUGGUGAAACUGCCAAAUUUUGUAUGAACUGCUGUAUGUGUACGCGCACAAAGACUUACGGUAAUCUUUCCCCGGUCUAAUGCCUUUUAUACCAACUAAAAAUAUAAUUUAUAAGAAAUG